GGGAUUCAUAUAGUUUUUAAUCCCUGCCUGAGUUGCUGUUGGGAGGGGGGCAAGGAUGUUUUACGGAGGACUGAUAUAAAGUAAAAUUCCCGACAGACAGAAGACACACAUGGACGUUGCACGCCACUUCAGUCCGAAAAGAGAAAACGCAUCUGCAAUUUGCACCGUAAAUUCAUCGGUUUCCUCUUAAGUAUUUCUGCUGGUUUGGUUGUUGUGAGAAGAAGCAAACAAAACCUCAAAAAGCCAAUUAAACGGGAAAAGAGAAAAAAGACAAAAGGGGAAAAGGAAACAGUUGCCAAACAAAAAAAAGAAGAAAAAAAAUGAGGCCACCAAAGAAACAGAGAGGACGAUCCCCUUUAUCAGCAAGAGGAAAAGGAACAAGAAAACGAGGAGGCAAACUCGACGGACAUUCACAAACUACACCGCCUGCACCUUCACACCAGAAAUACACUCCGUCCAAAGAAGAAAGCUCUCAGGACAAGCAAAUCAAGAGUAGCAACAUGACAAACAGUGAGGGGUUAAAAGAGCAAAUCAAAGAAAGGACAAUGGAAACCUUGAAGUCUGAAGAAAAUGCAGUAAUUGUAAAUAAAGCAAAAAGCCCCAAGAACAUUAACACCAAGAAUUUAACAGAUAACACAGACUCAAUUAAAAUAGCCAGCAAUGCACAUGAAAAUUCACAUAGUAAUAGCACAGACAUAUGUAACACAAACACUCAAAACCUUAGCACAAACAGUAAAAGUAGCAACCAACAUACAAACAGCACUGCUAGCAAUACACAGAAUACAAAUAAUAUAGGCAACAGUUUAAAUAAAAGUAGCUCUUUCAGUGCCAACCACACUUCCACCACACUCUCCAGUCGAAAAACAGCUACUUUCAAAGCAAGGGUGCCCAAGAAGAAAUAUAUGUAUGAACAUCAAGCUACAAGUACCUCUCCCAUUAGUUCAAAACCUGUAACCCAGCUCACUCUUCAUAUCAACCAUCUAGGUUCUCCACAAAAUUCCAUUUCUCAGAACACUACUCCUGUAAUCAGAAAUGAUUUAUUUAAAGCCAAUACUUCUGAUCUGGAUGAUAGGGGGAAUAGUAGUAGUAGACAAGAAAUAGCCAAUAUAGCAAGCACAGAGACUUCAAAAGGAGACAGAUUUAAGGGUGACAAAAGUGAGGUGCCUUCUCAAGUAGAAAAAGUGAUCCAAAUGGUGGAAGCAGAUGGAUAUGGGGAGCAAGCCCCAAAUUCUGUGCGUUCAUCAUCCACAGACACAGCCAGUGAACACUCUGUGGAUCUGGAGGUGCUUGAGCCCACUUGUAUGCAACUAAAUUCAGGGAACCAUGUAAGAGCAUCAAGAAGAUUUAACCUAUUGAACAAUUCAACGCUGUCUGUUGUCCUGUCUCCAAAUCACACACAAGUUGAACAGGGAGGGUCUGCAACAGUAGCAGAAGCCCUAGCUAAAGGACUGAAAAACCAAAGGGUGCUUGCACGAAGACGACCAAGACGUAAUUUAAAAGAAGAUGAGAAGUUAAUCAAGGAAUGUAUAUUUAUAUGUGGUGUGGUGAGAGGGUCCAAUAAAGAGCAGUUGAAUGUAGAGUUGCAGAUUAAUGGGGAGGGUACACUCCUCUCGUAUCCAUUCCAUACAUUAGUAAGUCGUCCACACCAACCCAUUGACCUCAUUUUAGACGCCCCACCCCCAGGAAAUGAACUUGUGGAGGUAGGGACGCGUGUUUGUGUGCCUUAUGGAGGAGAUAAAGGAAAAGAGUGGUACAGAGAAGGUGUGGUUGCUCAGGUAGACUCUCAUUCAGCUUGUCCCUACAUGGUGCUUUUGCAGGAGGAGUUAGAGCAAAAGAAGGAGAGGUGCAGCAAGGAGGAGACAAAACAGACAUCAAGUAGUGUAUGGGUUGCUCGCCAGAACUUGCGCCUCCUUGUUCCACCAUGGGAUGGGGUUAUGCGAGAAAAAGAAAGAGAGGAGAGAGAGCACAGAGAGGAGAUAGAAGUUGAACGAGAACUAUGUCAGUUAAGUGAGGGAAUGGAUUUGGUAACUGCAGGUCCACCUAGGGAGAACUGCAGAUUCCCAUCUCCAGACACAGGGGCUCAUCGUUAUGAAAGCACACUUUCAUCUUCCACUUCACCAGCAGUUGUGAUGGUAGCAAACAAUAUGUUUGGCUUAGCAGCUAGGGGAGAGAAUGAGGGAACUGAGAGUAGGGAAAGAGUUAGAGAACGAGAACAUGAGCGAAAGCAAUUGCAGACUCCAGAGGUGGACAUGGAGGUUUUGCGACUUAACAUGGCACCACUCAGAGAUAGUGGAGGACCUUUAGUCUCAGGAGGACCAAAAGCAGGAGCUCCUAAUCAGCACAGACAAAUUCUUUCCAAACCUCCUGGGUAUCCAAGUCCUGUUACAGUGGUGCGAGGCAUCUCUGGGACAACUUUAGGAAGUCCACAGCCAACCCCUUCAUCUGUAGUUUUAGGGCCAGACACUCACCAUAACACUCACCAUAUGCCUCCUUCCCCAAGCUCCAGAGGUUCUCUGACACCUCUGGAAAAGACUCCUACACCUUCACAGACCUCCACCCCAGUUCCAGGGAGUUCUGCCUCCUCUGCUUCUUCCUCAAGGUCAAGGACACCUUUGUCAGCUGUCCAACAAAAAUAUAAGAAAGGCGAUGUAGUUUGUACACCCAAUGGAAUCCGUAAGAAGUUCAAUGGAAAGCAGUGGCGGCGGUUGUGUUCACGAGAAGGCUGCAUGAAAGAGUCCCAGCGUCGUGGCUACUGUUCUCGUCACCUCUCUAUGCGUACCAAAGAAAUGGAGGGAGCAGUUGGAGAGAGAGGAAGUGCAGGAGGUGGAGAGAGUAGCUCAGGGACUGUGACCCCGUCAGACCUGCGGGGUCGUGCCAGCAGUGAAUUUGAAUGGGAUGAGACUUCUCGUGAUAGCAGUGAGACAAGCAGCCGAGGCACUGACUCACGUCCACGUCUUGGCUUGCCAUCGCUGCUUCCUCAGGAUUUCUCUCGUUUUGACUUUGAUGAAUGCGAGGCUGCAACUAUGCUGGUAUCUCUGGGUUCAAGGUCUGUAACUCCUUCAUUUUCACCAAUUUCAAAUCAGUCCCCAUUCUCACCUACACCUUCUCCAUCAGCUUCGCCACUUUUUGGCUUUCACCCUGCAAAUUUCAGUCCAAUUACAGCCUCUCCAGUUUUGCCUCAUCGCCGCCAUAAACAUCCCAGUGGCACCAACAGUGGUCUCCCAAAACAUGGAACAGGAGGCACAGAAAGGGAGAAGGACAGACACUUGUCUGGUAUAGUGCCAUCAUUCCACUCCAAUCUAACCUUCACUGUACCUAUGAGCCCAGGCAAACGCAGGACGGAUGCCCCUCCUCCCCCAGUUCCACUAUUACAGGAAUAUGGCAAGCCUGAUCAGGAACAAAGCUGUCGUGACCCUUCUCUUGUAACAAACCUUUGCAUUAUCUCUCCUCAGACCACUACUGUCACACACCCCCAAAGACUGCUUUCAACCACUGCCUCUUCUUCACCAGCUUCUCCCCUAAGCCUAGAAUCAGGUUCACAAUGCACCGUUUCCCAGCAGCCUUUGAGAGACUCUCCAGUAAUAGUGAGAAAUCCUGAGGUUCCUUUAAUAAAGUUUACAGAACUCCCACUGGCUAGAGUUGCAGAGGUGGACAGGACCAGUUUCACAGAAAACAGCCAAACUGGUGUACAUCCAGAGACAGGGCUACAGGUUCCUGUUCCAAUUAAUGCUGCUUCCACUAAUGGCUCUGUCCUACUGCAGAAUCCCACUUCAACUCUUGUUCUAGUGUCUACUACCUCUUCCAUUCCAAACCCUGCAGGUCUACCUACGCAACCUAGCGCCACCUUAGCCUGCAUAUCAGUGCCUAGCCCUGUUCCAGGGGCUGGUCUAAUUGGUGCAGAUGAUGGAGGGGGACAAGAUAAGAGUUGCCCAGUGACACUCCAGCAGCCGGUUGCUUGUCACCCUGCUCCUACUGCACUGCUGCCACUCAUUCUUCCCACAGAGACCUUACAUCCUGUGCCAUGCAAAGACAUCAUCAUGGGGCGACCUGGAACUGUGUGGACUAAUGUUGAGCCCAGAUCGGUUCCAGUGUUUCCUUGGCAUUCAUUGGUCCCUUUCCUGGCACCCACCCAAUCAGAUCCAUCGGCUCAACCUGGCGAGGGCCAACAAACUGUCAGCCAUCCACAGACGGGCGCUUUGAAGAAAGAGUCUCAGAGUGGGUCAGUGCUGAAAGAGAUUAUAGAGGGAGCACCUAACCCUUCCUCACGCCCCACUCCCUCCGCUGACGAACUCCCUCCAGAGAGAGAGAAGGAUGCGGAGCGAGAGAGACCUGACAGCGAAACAGAAAGUGACGUGGAUGAUCCGUUUUUCCCCGGUGUUCUUCCUGAUCCUCCAAUUUCUGCAUCUCCUGGAAAGCGUAGAUCUCAGUCCCUCAGCGCUCUCCCCAAAGAUGACAAGAACAGUCCUGGCAAGAGGGAGAAAGACCAUAUCAGGAGGCCUAUGAAUGCAUUUAUGAUCUUCAGCAAGCGGCAUCGCGCGCUGGUUCAUCAGAGGCACCCAAAUCAGGACAACCGCACUGUCAGCAAAAUACUCGGAGAGUGGUGGUACGCCUUGGGACCCAAAGAAAAACAGAAAUACCACGACCUCGCAUUUCAGGUAAAAGAGGCACACUUUAAGGCACAUCCUGACUGGAAGUGGUGUAACAAGGACAGAAAGAAAUCCAGCAGCGAGGGACGGGGUGUUCCAGGGGGCAAAGACAUCCGUGAGAGAAGCAUGUCAGAAACCACAGAACCUCCAACUGUGUCAAUGGGGAUGGAGCUCAAAGGUAUGGGGCAUGGCAUGGUGAGUGUGUCGGAGCGAGUCGGAGUUGAGGGGCAUGGCCAGUUGACCCGUCCUCGUGCUUUCUCUCAGAGCGCCAUGCACAGUCUGGAGAGGAGCGAGAGAGGCAAUCCACAGGCACUCGCUGAGCUUGCACAGAUGUGUGGUGACGGCAGUCAGGUUGGGGGACGGGGUGCUCUCUCCCAGACGCAGAGGGGGGUAAGCGAGGACAUGACAAGUGACGACGAGCGCAUGGUCAUCUGUGAAGAAGAGGGGGAUGAUGACGUCAUCGAGGACUCGUAUCCUGGCAGCUCCAUUGACCUGAAGUGUAAGGAGAGGGUGACAGACAGUGACAGUGAAAAUGGAUCCGGAGAUGAAGGAGAACGCAAGAGGGUGUUUGCUCCGGUUAUUUGCUCUUCAUCUUACGGCCCUGGUCAUGGUCGGAGUGUGUCUCUCUCCUCCUAUCCCACUUCUCGACGCUUCAGUGACACUUCCUCAAAGAGAAAGCGAACAAUGGAGGCAGGUGAUGGAGAACAAAGGGAAAGUGAAGGCGGUGUGUCCCAGCUCUCUGCGGGGCAGUCCAUCCUGGUCAGUUCUGGAGGGGGAGUGUCAUCAGUGCUAGGAGCGGUCAGAGUGGCGUCCACUGUGGUCACUAAUGUGGUGCGUCCUGUGGUCAGCACACCAGUGCCGAUCGCCAGCAAGUCGCCACACGACAGGAAACUCGCCCCGCCACAAACACAACUUCUUACCGGACAUGGAGCCACAGCAGCAGCUUCAGCUGGAGGUGGUGGGUACUAUUCCUCAUCAUCGCCCAGUCCUAUAAAUGCACCAGCUGGUCAAGCGGGACUUGUGACCAAUCUGGUUUUGGGAGGCACGUUCCAGGCUCCGCCCGCUGUACAACUUGUCACGCCUCCUCCUCCUCCUCCACAAAACCCAGCUUCCCCAGCUCAUAGUAAUGGUCCUCUGCCUCUGCCCGUGCUGCAGUCGCAUAUUCUCCCCUCGGCCUCAUUAGCGCCCUCAUCGGGCCAAAAACCUAUAACACAGGUCCAGUACAUUCUCCCUACCCUCUCUGCCAACAAUCCCAAGAGCCCCUCCCCUCAACAGGCCAGUCAGCCAACCAGUAUCUUCACCCUGCCCACAGCUCUGCCCACCCACGCCUCACUGGCCAACGGGAAGCAGUCAGGAUACGUCUCCAGCCCUGUGGGGGUAGUUAGUCCAGGAGCCAGAGUGCAAACACAGUCGCCAGUCUUGCAGGGCAAGAUGCUGGUUCCCAUGGCAACAGUGAGGGCUGCUCCUGCCCCGUCUCCGCAGUUUCCCCUGGUAGCCCCUCCUCUUCCUGUUCAGAAUGGAGCACAGGCAGGAAGCAAGAUUAUUCAGAUCGCUCCGAUGCCUGUCGUGCAGUCUCAGCUCCCCUCUACAGGCCCAGUGCAGCCUGGGAGCCCAUUUUCAGUUACUAUGGGAACAGCUACAGUAGUGGCCCCAGGCUCUACCCCGUCUCAGACCGUGCUGCUACCGCCUCCACCUACCAGAAUCACUUACGUACAGUCCACUCCUGGGGUUCCUUCUCCUUUGCCAUUAGUUCCCACAACUACAGGCUCCACGUCUCAGACAGUUUCAGCAGCGCCUGGAUCUGCAUAUGUGUCCUCACCCUUGGCCACCUUUGCAGCUAUCGCUCAUCCGGGACAGACUCUGGUGCAGCCACUGAUUGCAGGUCAGCCAUCACUGCUUGCCCCGGCCCAGUCUCCCAACCCCCCUCACGCUCCUGCCAUCACAGCCAUCUACACCCCAACAAAUGUGACUCUUGCAACUGGGGUGGUGUCUAUGGCCACAGUGUCUCCGAGUGUGGUUUACACAGUGUCCAGUUCUUCUAGCCUCUCUCCACACAUCCUUCCCAAGCACACCACAGCAACCUCCAUGACUCCUGUAACCCUGGACCGGCAGGUGAACGUUUCUGUGCACUCUGAGCGACAGUUGCACCAGGAGAGAUCCCUAGAGCGACAGCAUACAGACAGUCAGGUCUACACACUUUCCUCUGAGAGACAGAUGGAGAAAGGCUGUCUCUUACAGUUGGACAAGCACUUCCAGGUCCCAAGCAAAGGCAGCGGCUGCUCUGUUGCGCCACCAUCGGCCACCUCAGUGCCAUUGCAGCCUGGAAGCCCUGCACAACCCUCUCAUUCUGGAAGUGCCCCGGGGACACCUAAGCUGAUCACAGCAAGGCCUCCUCAGAAAGUAAAGGCCACCGUGGCAAACAUCCCAGUGGGCAGUUAUGAUGGAGGAGGGAGAGGCAAAGAGCGGGAGAAGGAGAGGGACAGGGACAAGGAGAGAGAGCGGGAGAAGGACAAAGACACCAGUAGCCGCUUCUCAUUUGAGGUAGAAAAGGUAGAAAAGAUAGAAAAGUCAAGCUCUCCAGCAGAGGAGGGGGCUGCUGAAACACCCACACACUCCGGUGUGGAGACCGCUGCCCCUAGUGGACGUGGCAAAGAGACAAAUGCUAAGGAGGUUGAAAAGAGGGACUCCCAUCCUUCUUCUCCAUUACCUCCUCCAUCUGGAUCAGAUCCUUCCCCAUCACAGUCUCAUGGUGAUAAAGAUGCACCACCUAAAAAAGUCAAGGCCCGUCCCCCACCACUCAAACGGCCAUUUGAUUCAGUUGACAAAUUGGUCAAAAUCUUUGGUUGGCACAGGGUCCUGUCCGAGGUGUAUUUUGAGGAGCGUUUCGCAGAGCUGCCAGAAUUCCGUCCAGAGGAGGUCCUGCCCUCUCCAACCCUGCAGAGUCUGGCCACCUCCCCACGAGCCAUACUGGGCAGCUACCGCAGGAAGAGGAAAAACUCCACCGACCUAGACUCGUCCACUGAAGAUCCCAUUUCUCCUAAACGGAAAAGCCGGCGCAGAUCGAGCUGCAGUUCAGAGCCCAACACACCGAAAAGUGCUGCAAAGUGCGAGGGAGACAUUUUCACCUUUGAUAGGCCAGAUGGAGAGGAUAUACUGGGGGAGCUGGAGUUUGACAAGGUGCCCUAUUCCUCUCUCAGGAGAACUCUUGAUCAGAGGAGAGCUCUUGUCAUGCAGCUAUUCCAGGAUCAUGGCUUCUUCCCCUCAGCUCAAGCUACUGCUGCGUUCCAGGCACGGUAUGCUGAUAUCUUCCCAACAAAGGUGUGUUUACAGCUCAAGAUUCGAGAAGUCCGGCAAAAGAUCAUGCAAACGGCAGCUCCAUCAGAAUCUGCUGGUAUUUCAGACCUUUCAUUACCGGGACCUUCCGGGGUGGUGACAAUGGACCCAGCUUUAGGGGCAGACCCUCUGGAGAAGGAAGUUGAGCGAGAGGGUGAACAACACAGCCCAGAGGAGCCUAGAAACGCUGGCGAUUCACAGGACUCCUCCAGAUGAGGCUAAUGUCCAAAUGGACAGCCCGAAAACCCGAAGUCUCCCCUCAACAUCUGCCCGAUCUACAUUUGUUGUCUUGCCUCUGCUAUGACCAAGGACAUAGAGAGAAAAAGAGCCAAAUUUUCAUAUGUGUGAAGCGGAUGAGGGGAGACGCCUCAAAUGUUGGGGUUUUGAAACUUCUCAGUAUUUUACGUGAUGUGGACUUCGCAAAAUACAUAGACAUUUGCCUACACAGACACUCUUGAAUAUACACUCUUGAAUUUACAGCAUUAUCCUAGUCAUUAGGCUUCCUUUGGAACUAGAGGACCGUGGUCCUGUCCUGUUGGCCAGUGAAGUCCCAGUGCUGCUGAUGAUGUGCGAGGGCACCCAAUCCCUUCCACUCUGACUGAGUUUUCGUAUGGCCUGAUUGGCAGUAGCUUGGCCACAGGUGUUUGUUUUUUAUUGGUUCACGGAUUACUGCCGGUCAUUGGGAGGCAGGCCUCCAUUGGCUGAGUUUAAGUGAUAAUGAAGACUUGUUGGACUUUUAUGUUUUAUAUUUUGUUUGUUUUCUUUCUUCUGUGGUGUUUUCCAGAUUUCUCACAAAGAGCUUUGUUAAGGCACUGAAAACGUUAGGCGAGGGAUUCUGCCGUUUGUAAACCUUUCGUCCUAUGAUUGGCUUUAUUGGUGGCCAAUCAAACCGGAGUCAUUCUAAAACCUCCGAUCGACUAGCCAUGAAGGAAAAAAGGUCAUGGAAGGGAAGUCAACAGGCACAUUUAUUGCCAUUGAUUAAUUGUUUUUUUCCUUCUUCCAUAUAUUAAGAGAUUCCACCUAUUUAAACAUUUCUUCCCUUUCAUUUUUAUUCAACUUUUCAUGAGCUGGCGAAGCACGGAGCAAAGAGAAUGUAGGGAAUAUAUUCAGAAAAAUAUGAAUUUUUAUUCACUUUUUAAAGGAAAAACUUGAUUUUUCAACACGUAAUGCUACAGGUCAUUACGUUAUAAAAUCUCUCAUUAUUACUGUUCUUAUUAAUGCUUUGUUGUUCUUGUGGAUUUGAUCCUUAAAACCUAUAUAUAAAUAUAUAUAUACACUGUACUCCUAUUAAUAUACUCUUUCGUUUAGCAGAAAAGGAGGGAUGAGUUUGCACUCUUCCUCGCUCCUGGAGGCACUUCCACUACCUUUUUCAAAACAUUUUUCUCUUACGCUCUUUGUCUUGAUAUUCACAAUGUUUUAUUUCUUACCAGGAAGUAAUUACAUAGGCCUUUGUUGUAAGACACUCCAAACAUUUUUCUGGUAGUUGUACACUUUAUUAUUAUUAUUAUUACUAUUAUCGUUUUGAUUUGCCACUUACAUUCCUUCCCUUUCUCAUUCCUCUUCCCGUCACUUUAUUGUUCUUUCUUUAAUCACUUUAAGGCUGUAAGGUGGGACUGGGGGGCCAUCGUUGGUGAUCUACUCCUGCAGCACUGGUCUUUGUUGUACAUAAAUACCGUGAGAGUCCAAAGACUCUACCAUUUGAAUAAAGUCAAAAGCAUCAUUGGAGGAAUCAAAGCCAGUAAACGGAAAUAAAAUUGUAAAACAAAACGAAAAAUAAAGAAAUACGGUUAUAAACAGUU